AUGUCUAAAUUGAAAAUAGCAAAAAAGAAAGUUGAUGCUGCUAAGACUGAUUUGCAAGUAUUGUUGGCAAAUACUCUUGAUGGUCUUGAAUUUUCUGCUGAUGAACCAAGUAAUAUAUUGGCUAAGUAUAAUUAG